ACAGACCCCCUGCUCCUCCAAUAAGCUGUGGAAAGGUGUCAAUUCGUCGCGAUUCGAAUCCGUCUCCAUACCUUGCUUGACUUUAGUGGACAGUAUAGCUCCUACAGGGACAUGAUAACACUGUAGGAUCGCGAAACGACCACGACGUUCAUUUUUGAAGCUAUAGUGAUCAAUCGAUACCCGACCUCGACUCCUGUCUCCUCCAUAAUGUACUUCAUCUCUGCGGCCAAGGCCCUCGUGGCCGCCGCUGUCUUCUCAGCCGUCACUGCUCAUAACAUCGUCCUGCCCGCCCACGGUCGAGAAUGCUUCCACGAGUCCCUCCACAAGGAUGACACCAUGACCGUUACCUUCCAGGUUGGCGAUCGUGAAUUCGGUAGCGCAGGCAACCUCGAUAUCGACUUUUGGAUCACCAACCCCACUGGACAAUACGAGACAAACGAGAAGAGUAUCUCCAACGGUGACUACUCAUUCACAGCCAAGCAUGAUGGAAAAUACCUUUACUGCUUCGGAAACGAGGCUUGGGGUGCCAACACCAAGGAGGUCUCCUUCAACGUCCACGGAAUUGUCUACGUGAGCGAGCAUGAAAUGCCUUCUGACCCCCUCGACCGUGAAGUCCGCAAACUGUCUGAUCUCCUUGCCCAAGUCAAGGACGAGCAAGAGUAUAUCGUUAUGCGUGAGCGAACCCACCGAAACACCGCCGAGAGCACAAACAGCCGAGUCAAGUGGUGGAACAUGUUCGUUAUUGGUGUCGUCAUUGGCGAGUCCCUCUUCCAGGUCUGGUGGCUGCGACGCUUCUUCGAGGUCAAGCGUGUGGUCUAAGGGGCUGCUCAAGGUUAUGCGAUGAUAUGAGAAAAGGGGCAGUAUGGAGAAUUGCCCGGGAAAUGUUGUUUGUUUACACGUCGCAAUUGCGAACAACACAUCGGCGCAAAACUGGGAGCUUCAGGAUGCAUGAAACGAUCACACAAAAGAGCAGUCGGAAAUCUGCGCCAAUGUCACAGCCGAAAAUAUGUAUAAACCAUUUUACGUUGUCGAGCCAAAUAUCACUACGAUUUGGACGAGAUCUACCGUCUAGGAUCAGGUUAUGAGGUUGGGGAGACCAAUUUCUCAUGCAAGUUGUAAACAUUCACUUGUAGAUAUAUGUUCGUGAGGAAGCAUGUUCAUUAUUCAACUUCAGCCAGUCUAAAUCCAGGUAUCCAAAGGAUAGCCGUAUAUACUACAGUGCCUGGCAGCUUGAAAGGUCAUUAUCAUCCCGUUGA